AUGAAAAUUGUGUUAAUUGAGAGGUUAUUUCUAAAAUUUUCAAAGAUGAAUUGUUUCACCUCAUUCAAGAGGAAGGGUAAAGAAAAGAAGCAAUCAAAUUCAGCUCCUAAUCAAAAUCCUUCAAAUGCAUCAAAUAAUCGAGUAUCAAAAUCGGCGAAUUCAGCCUCAUCAUCAAGAAGUAUACCAGAAUUGUAUAGGGAGAAGCAACAUAAUUUGAGGGUUUUUACUUAUAAUGAGCUUAGAGAAGCUACAAAUGAUUUCAACAGGUUGUUAAAAGUUGGUGAGGGUGGUUUUGGGAGUGUUUAUAAAGGAACAAUUAAGCCUUUAAAUGGCAAGGGUGAUCCUAUUGUGGUUGCUAUUAAGAAGCUUAACAGAUAUGGCAUGCAGGGCCACAAAGAAUUUCUUGCGGAAGUUCAAUUCCUCGGCGUUGUUGAUCAUCCUAAGCUGGUAAAGCUUUUGGGAUAUUGUUCUGUAGAUGGAGAAAGAGGAAUUCAGAGGCUAUUAGUGUAUGAAUAUAUGCAGAAUAAAAGUUUGGAACACCAUUUGUUUGGGAAAAACUUUCCUGCUCUGCCAUGGAUAAGAAGGUUAAAGAUAAUGUUGGAUGCGGCCAAAGGAUUGAGUUAUCUGCACGAUGGAAUCGAAGUUCAGGUGAUAUUCAGAGACUUUAAGUCUUCGAAUGUGCUUUUGGAUCAGCAUAUGAACGCAAAGUUAUCUGACUUCGGGAUGGCUAGAGAAGGGCCGAGUGGGGAUGCUACUCAUGUGUCAACAGCGCCAGUGGGAACAUUUGGAUAUGCAGCCCCGGAAUAUGUUGACACGGGCCAUCUAAAGCAAAAGAGUGACAUUUACAGCUUUGGGGUGGUACUUUACGAGAUCUUAACUGGUAGACGAGCCAUAGAGAGGAAUCGUCCAGUCUCAGAGCAGAAACUGUUAGACUGGGUGAAACAGUUUCCAGCUGACAGUAAGAUGUUUAGCAUGAUGAUGGACUUCCGCCUUCGAAAUCAGUAUCCCUUAAGCACCGCACGAAAAAUAGCUAAGUUAGCAGAUAGAUGUUUGGUCAAGACAGCAGAAGAACGACCCGAUAUGAGUGAAAUUAUAGAGGUGUUGAAAGGGGCUGUCUUAGAAUCAGAGGAAAGCUCUUCUAGAGUAAACACCCCACAAGCAAGUAAAGCUAAAUAGAGGAAUUAUCAACAAAUUACGAUUCAAUUUAGUAGAGAAGUAAAGCAUGAUCAUGCUGUAAGUCUUACAAUAUGAUGCAAAUACCAUAUAUUAUGUAUUUAUCAGUCAUUUGUAGUAGAAAAUAAAAAUCUAGGUUGAAUGAUUAAGUGAGUACAUUUGAUUUUGAUUCGAUUUUGAUUCAUUUAAGCUUAUUUUGCGGAGAGUUUGUAAUGAAUCAGAUCAUUUCCCUUGAUUUUCUGCUUCAUUGCAGCAUUUGUGUCUGUAUAUAAUCAAAUUUAUUAUGUUGUUAGCA